UGCGAGGAUUUCCGCAGUCAGUCCAAAGAUCCUGUCCGCUAUUCCUCAUUAGACCGAAAGAACGCAUCCAAACGUUGCAUUGCAGAUUGUUAUUACAGCUCAGUCCGGAGCACCAGGAAAAUGCAGGCGCUCUGAAAUCGGAAACGAAAUUCACAACCAGAAGAAAUGGAAAACCGGACACGUGGUUAUUCCCAAAUACUCCAAGCAAAACCACGAAAAACAACAUUGUUUAGAAAAGAGAUAAAUGGCAUAACAUAUAGAAUCCCAGCUCUAAUCUACAUGAGCGAGACCCAAACCUUUCUUGCUUUUGCUGAGAAAAGAGCAUCACCAUGCGAUCAUGAUGCCAUCCUCCUGGUCAUGAGAAGAGGAACACAGCAGGAUGGGUCCAUUCGGUGGUCACCUGUUCAGGAGCUUAGCACAGCUUGUUUGCCAGGACAUCGCACCAUGAACCCAUGUCCGGUGUAUGAGAAAGAAACUAAGACUCUCUUUCUGUUUUUUAUCUGUGUGCUGGGCAAGACCAGUGAGCAUCACCAGAUUCACACCGGUAAGAACAAAGCUCGACUGUGUUACAUCACCAGUAGUGACAACGGACAAAGCUGGACCAGCACAAUAGACUUGACCGAAAGUGUGAUUGGACAUGAGAUUAGAAAUUGGGCUACAUUUGCUGUUGGGCCUGGCCACGGCAUUCAGAUGAAGAGUGGCCGACUCAUCAUUCCUGCUUAUGUCUAUUAUAUUCAUUGUCGAUGUUUUCCCUUUCAUUUUCCACUAUGGGUUACAUCCCAUGCUUUCGCAUUCUAUAGUGAUGAUUGUGGGGUCACAUGGCAGUUUGGAGAAAGAGUAAGUAGUGAGUCUUGUGAGUGUGAGAUGGCAGAGAUCGUAGACCAGGAGUCCAGGAGUGAGUUAUACUGCAACGCACGGAGCAGUAAAGGUCACAGAGUCGAGGCUUUGAGUAAGAGCAGUGGAGCAGCGUUUGAUAGACCUCAUGUUGCACGGAAACUAGUAGAGCCCUCUCAUGGCUGCCAGGGGAGUGUGGUGAGCUUCUCUGCACCUGAGGACCAAGAGAAUUGUUUAGCACAAUACACAAAGACUUGGCUCCUUUAUUCCCAUCCAACUGACAGAAGGAGUAGAAAGGCUCUUGGUGUGUAUUUGAAUAAAUCUCCUCUUAGUAUAUCUGGUUGGAGCAAACCAUGGAUCAUCCAUCAAGGCCCUAGUGGAUAUUCAGAUCUGACCUCAUGCCAGAAGCCUGGUCAGUUUUCUUGCCUCAUGGAGUGUGGGAAGAAGAGUGAGCUUGAAGAAAUAGCCUUUGUGGAGUUUUCUCUCUGUGAUAUCAUGCAAAAUCAGUAGAUGUUUUUGCAUGGUUAAUAAUAAUCUUGUUUAAAGAAAAGCAUAAAUACACCUACAUGAGAUUUAAUUCUUAUCACAGUUUUUAGAAUUACAAUUCUAAUAUUGUGGCGCUUUUAACAAAAGACAUGGUCAUGAAACAGCUUUGCGAAAUCCAUGUGUAGAUCUAGAUCCUUAAUGUGCAUUUCAGAGAGCUUGUUGAGGAGAUGGAAAAUACAGCAAGCAUCCACAACUAAUUUUAGCUAUAGUUACACUCUGGCCAUAUCCACAUAAUCUUAAAAACACUGGAACGAUGUGUUUUUACUGUAACCAAAAAAACAAAUGUGAAAUUAAUUUAUCUUUUUUGAAGGUAUGGGAGGUAUGCUGGAAUGUGUCAGUUAGACAGAGGCCUCGGACAACUGACCUAAAACGCAUUAAGGUCCGGUGUCUUUUUUCUUGUCUCAGUAUCUAAAAUUCUACGAAGAGGCUGCGAUACUUCUAAUGUUAUUUGUGCAGUUGGUAAAUGCUACAGUUUGAUUGGCUCUGUAUUUUCUCAUGAUGGUUGUCGGGCCACUGUUUGAACCCAGUGGCACAAUUAGCGUUAACUUUUACUCAGCAGUGUCAAUGAUGCAUCAAAUACACAUUUCAAUUUAUUUUCUUUUACAAUAAAAAAAAUACAGAAAUAUAUAUUUUACAAUAAAAAAUACAGA